UUAACUAUAUUGUUUGUUUCUUUCAUGCACAUUUUAAUUCAUAAAAGCAUUGCUCUCCCCCGUACAGCUAUGUUGAUACACAAUUUAUUUUCAAAUGGUGCGGUCACUUGUCUUCAAAGAAGUGUGAAUUUACACCAAACAUGUGAUUUCUAGCAAGCUGUGAGUGUGACCAUUGAUGGGAACCAUGUCUAACGGGAAGCGUGAUGUCAUUGUCAUUGGAGGGGGAAUCAGCGGUCUCUCUGCUGCCAAACUACUCCAGGAGCAAGGCCAAAAUGUUCUGGUGUUGGAGGCCAGGGACAGAGUGGGAGGUCGGACGUACACCUUAAGGGACCCAGCCUUCGAGUAUCUGGAUGUUGGUGGCACGUACAUCGGACCCACUCAAAACAGGAUCAUCCGUCUGGCCAAGGAAUAUGGAAUCCAGAACCAAAUAGUGAACGAGGUGGAAAGAACGAUCGAAUUCAGGAACGGGAAGUCACAUCCCUUUAGGGCCGCUUUACCAGUGUUUCCCAGUUUCCUUGCUAUGCUGGAUACCAACUAUGCCUUAAGGCUCUUUGACUCCUAUGGAGAGACGAUUCCAGCCGCAGCACCUUGGGACGCGCCAAGGGCGGUAGAGUGGGACAGCAUGACCGUCCAAUCAUGGAUGGACGCAAACUGCUGGUGCGAGUUCAGCAAGAAUUCCAUUGAUCUUAUCGUGAGGGCGGCCUUCGCCACCGAGUCCUGCAAUCUGUCUUUCCUGUUCUUCCUCUGGUACAUCAAGGUUGGUGGAGGUGUACUUCGAUUCAUGUCUACCACAGACGGUGGUCAGGAAAGAAAAUUUGUUGGCGGUUCGAUGCAAGUGAGUGAGCGUAUUGCGCAGCAACUUGGUGAAGAUAGCGUCUUCCUAAACCAUGUGGUAGCAAGUGUGGAACAAACCAACGAUGGUGUUAAAGUAACAACUAGAGACGGUGGAGUAUUUGAGGCAACCUACUUGAUAAGCGCAAUGCCGAUGGCACUUCUUGGACGGAUCGUUUUUCAACCCCCCCUUCCUUGUUUAAAGAGUCAGCUGAUUCAGCGAAUGCCAAUGGGCUCCGUUAUCAAGACCUUUGUGUUUUACAAGACAAAUUUCUGGAGGAAUUUAGAUUUCAAUGGAAUAGUUCUUGGCACUGAGGGUCCCGUAAGUGGUUCAUUUGAGGAAAUAAAACCUGAUGGUUCUCAUCCAGCCAUUGUGGGGUUUGUCAACGGAGCAAUGGCAAGAAAAUACUGUUUACAAACAAGAGAAGAAAGGAAGCAAGCCAUCUGCGAGUACUAUGCAAAAGCAUUUGGAUCCGAAGAAGCAUUGCAUCCUAUUAACUACGUAGAACAGAACUGGAUGGAAGAGGAGUUCUCUGGGGGCUGCUACAUGUCCUCCAUGGCACCCGGUGUCUUCACCCAGUUCGGCAGAGUACUCCGUGAGCCUUUUGGGAAUGUUUACUUUGCUGGGACAGAGACGGCCGACUGUUGGGCUGGUUAUAUGGAAGGAGGGGUGCAAGCUGGAGAGAGGGCUGCCAGAGAGGUACUCCACCGUAAGGGACUUAUUUCAAAAGACGAAGUAUGGCAAGAGGAACCAGAAUCAUUGGAAAUUCCCGCAAAGCCAUUUUAUGAAAGUCCUUUGGAGAAAAUGUUGCCGUCAGUUCCAGGUUUUUUCAAGUUGUUUGCCAGCAUGACAACGCUGACAGCCAUUGGUGUUGUGGCUUACGUUUACCGAGACAAAGUUCAGGAAGUUUUCAAGCAGUGAUGAAACAGUCUUCAAGAAGUCUUGCAAUUACAAGGUUGUGGGUUCGAAUCCUACCAAGCUAACCGCUGAUGACUAUAGAAUAAGAAUGGUUUGUCUAGUUGCCGAUUUACAGUUUCUUGAUUUGUGCAGUUUAUAUUAAAGACAAUAAACCAAUGUUUGUAAGAGAGAGAUUGGCUGUUCGACCUAGGGGUUUUAUAUACCCUUGCGGGAGUUGGCCGAGUUUUCUUGACGGAAUGAUCAUCUAAACAAAUAAACAAAAUUGAAAAUGAUUGCUUUCAACAAAUGUACUGACUCAGCCACAAGAUUUGAAUAGGCCCUUAUCAUGCUCCCACCGGGUCAGAUUUCCUGUAUCCAAUAACAGUUAGGAGUAUAUAUAUUUUUGUUUAAUUUUGGAGAAAAAAUUGUAGCUUUUGAGUUUAUGAAAUAAUGAUGAUUCUUUUUAAUUUAAAAUGUAAUUGUGAAUAAUUUGAUUAUGGCGAUUAUGAAAUAAUCUUGAUUAUGAAAUAUUCUUAAUUGUGAUAAUCCCAGACAUAGUAUCGGCUUGUGAUUUGUCUUAUAUUUUUACUAGAAAGCAUAGAA